AUUUCUUAAAAUUAUAUUUAUGUAAAUGAGUUCUUAUUUGUUAAGGGAAUAUUCUUAGUUUUAUUUUAUUUAGUUUAUUUCGUUUAUUUGUUUGCUUGUUCUUUUACACUGUUUUAUUGAAUACAGAAAGGAAAUAAUUAACUAGCAAUAAACAAAAAAAAAGUAUCAUUGGUUGUAUCCAUCAUUAAAAUGCCCAUUAUAUCAAAUCAUCAUCAUUAUUACCAAUAGAGAAAGGAUUCAUAUAAAAAUUUGUUAAUAUAAAUCAAAAUUGAUACAUUCACAACAAAAAAUCUUUAAUUCUUUUGUGAAAUUGAUAUUACUCAAGAGAAUAACUCAUGUUGCCUAUUUUGAUAAUCAGUUGGAUAACAUUUUCUUUCAGUAAUAUUUGUAUUCAUGCAAACAAUUUAAAUCCUCAUUCUGAUUUAAAUCAAAAACAUUAUACUGAAGAAAAAGAUUCUAAUAUUAAAGUCAUUUAUGAAGCGACAAGAUCUGUAUGUUAUAAUAAAGGUCAAGCAAUUGAAUGUUCUCCACCAUUUACAAAUAUUGCUGAAAGUGUUGAUAUUAAAGCAACUUCAACAUGUGGUCAAUUUGAUCAAUCAGAAGAAAUAUGUAGAUAUGUAAUGGGACAUGAAAAAUGUGAAACAUGUGGUAAAGGUGAGAAAUUUGGAACACACUUAUUAACUGAUAGACAUCAAAUGAAUAAUGAAACAUGUUGGAUUUCAGGAUCUGUUUUACCAGGUGAUACAGUAAAUCUAACUUUAUCACUAGGUAAACGUUUUGAAGUUUACUAUAUUUCUUUGCAACCUUGUGGUCAAUUGCCUGAUUCAAUUGCUUUAUAUAAGUCAUCUGAUUUUGGUGUAACAUGGAAACCAUGGCAAUAUUUCUCAACUGAUUGUUAUCGAGCUUUUCAUUUACCUACCAGUAAUGAGCAUAAUGCACAAAUCUCUUUAGCAAACAUACAAGAAGUUUUAUGCGUUGCUUUAAAAUCACAAGAUGUACAUGAUAAUUCAGGACGAUCAUCGAAUGUUAUCGCAUUUAGUACAACUAUUGGACGACCAUCAAUGCAACCGUGGAGUUCAGCACUGAUCGACUGGAUGACUAUGACGGAUUUAAGAAUAAGUCUUAUGCGAUUUCCGGAAUAUCGAGACGAAGUUCAAUAUGAUUCAAAUGGACUAUUUCUAAACCCAAGUUUACUAAAACAAACAAAUGUAUUUCGUGUUAGUGGCAAUCCUGGUAUUGGUGGUUAUGGUACAAAUCCUGUCUUGUCCGAGGCAGGUACACUGGAUAUGUCACAACAUCUAUAUCAGUCUGAUAUGCACUAUUCAAAAACACCUAAAAGUAAAACACCUGUUCACUUUUCUUUCUCUGAUUUAUCUAUCGGUGGUCGGUGUAAGUGUAAUGGACACGCUAACCGUUGUGUCAGAGAUCGAAUAGUUGGUACAGCAAUAACAACAGAUAAUAAUGGUCAGACGAAAUCUCAGUGGGGUCCCCUUCGAUGUGAUUGCCAGCAUAAUACAGAAGGAACUGAUUGUGAACGUUGUUCACCUGGUUAUUUAGAUAGACCGUGGGCAAGAGGUACUUCUGAAUCAGCUAAUGAGUGUAAACGAUGUGAUUGUAAUCUGCACUCGAAUUCAUGCGUUUUUUCAAACCAGUUAUAUUUAAUGUCAAUGAAAGUAAGCGGUGGUGUAUGUCAAGAUUGUCAACAUAAUACGGUCGGGAGAAGAUGUCAUAAUUGUGUAACAGGUUACUAUAGAGAUUGGACAAAGCCUGUUAGCCAUGAUCAAGUCUGUUUGGAAUGUCGAUGCCAUCCGAUUGGAUCGAUCGCUAACCAACAUUGUGAUCGUAAAACUGGUCAAUGUCCAUGUAAACCAGGAGUUGUUGGACAAGCAUGUAAUCGUUGCCAAGAGGGUUAUAAACAAACACGUUUACCUGAUUCACCAUGUAUUAAAGCUAUGGAACAUUACGCGCAUAGAAGAAAAGACAAUGAUCAAACAUCUCAUUCAACCAAAUCCCAGUUGUCUAAACCAGAGACUGAUAUCAAUUGUCCUCCAUGUGAAAGAAGUAAAAAAAGAAUAAGAUUUAAGAAGUUUUGUCGUUGUGAAGCUGUUUUUCGUGGCAUAGUCAAAUCUCGAACAGUUCAUGGAGAUUUAAUGCGUCUUGAAGUCGACAUUCAAAACACAUGGCGUAUUACUGGAACAGCUGAACAUUUAUUACCUAAAACAGCAUCGCCAAAUCUACCAGCCUAUCGAGUUUGGUUACGCAUCAAAAAUAACUCAGCAGAUAAACGUCAUUCACGAUGUCUAUGUCCAAACCUUCAAGUUGGUCAAUCAUAUUUGUUCAUAACACGUUCGCAUCAGGUCCCAUAUGGCGAUCGAAUGGAGUUAUUACUUGACACACAUAGUGUAGUAUUAAAAUGGAGAGAAUCAUGGAGAAGACGAUUGUCAAAAUUUGUACGUCGUGCUGCACGUGAAUCAUGUGAUAGUGAGAAAAAUUCAGUUACUGAUGACGACAAUAUUGAUGAUAGCAAUAAUGAUAAAUUAAAAAGAACUCGUCAAGUACAACGGUUACGUCUAGGUUCUGAUUACUAUUCGUCAAACAAUCAAGUGAAUCAACAUAAUCGAAUACAAUCCCACACUUCACCUUCAACAUUAUCAUCGAAUUACCAGUUGAAUAGGUUAAGGUCACCCACAAAACUAUCAUCUAACAAAUUAAAAAAACAAAUCAGUCAAUCAUCCAUCAUUUCCGACCCACAUAGUUCUAAAGAGGUUAGUUUAAAUUACCCACAUGAUAAGGAUAAAUUUCAAUAUAUAACCAAUAAAAAUAUGUAUUCAUCAUUUUAUUCAAAUCAAUAAAUUCAGGUCAAAAUAUAAUUACAAGAAAUGAAAUACUAUAUCAUGGAAACAAUGUUAACUAGUUAAAUGUAGUUAACAAUAUCGAUGUACAGUAUUAUUGUUUUGAAUAUAAUUCCCCCCACCCUCCAAAAAAAUAUAAAAAAAUAAAAACAUCAAAUAAAUUGAACUAUCAAACGGUGAGCUUUUUUUUAACGAAAACAAACAAACAAACAAACUAUUUCAACCGUAUUUAUUGAUUAGAAGGGAAAAGAAAAAAGCAAUUUAUUUAUGAAUCAGGUAUAACUAAUAGGCACAAAAUAAAUAAAUAAAUAAAUAAAUACUUGUUAUAACGUUUAAAUAAUUAACUUGUCAUGGAUUGAGAUUUUCUCAUAUUGAAAAUAAGUUAAUAAUAAUUAUAUACUUGUGUUGAUAUACAAUUACUAUUUCAUUAUUCAAUUAAUUAUUUGUUCUAUUAUCUAUCAAAAAUCGAUCAUUAUUAUUCAUAAAAUUAAUUAUACUAAUUAAUGAUAAAUAUUAAUUCAUUUACAAUAUAAUCAAUAUUAUUUAUUAUUAAUAUAUAGUUUAAAUUGUUUAAAUAAUUAAAUAUAAUCAUUCAAUAUGUUUAUGAUACAAUAAAAUUUCAAAUGAAUAUUCAUUAUUGAAUUGAUAUAAUGUAAGUUUCAUAAAAGAUAAUUAAUGUGAAUCAUUUACAUUGAUGUCUAAUAAAUUUCUACCUCAUAUUCUAUUUCAUUGGUCUUAUCACCCAUUUUCUUUCUUCUUUCUAUUCUUG